UUAAACCAAAGAAGAGGAAGAACCCCCCCCCUUUUUGUCAGUGUAAACGGAAGUUAACGUUGACUAAGAACAAUUUCUUACGGUAGCGUUUUUAUUGUUAUUUAGACGUUUAUUAACACCCUGGAAUUCAAUAUGAAUCCUUUGAUUGCAAAGCAUCACAUACUUGCCCCCAUGUAGUCUUUAAUUCGCGUUGUAGACAGGACGAUAAAUGUUAUCUAGCUAGCUAGCUACUAACGUUAGCUAACAAUGGCUAACUGUAUGAUUUUUCACACUCAAAUAGCCUCCAUUAUGGAGGUGCUAGCGAAUGCCGCCGUGGCAGAGAUCUGUAAACUCGUAGACGACGACUAUGCAGUGUUUCGUUUGGAAAUAACUCAAAGCCAGAAAGAAAACAGGACAUUGCGGAGGAAACUACAGCUACAUGAACUGAAGGUGUCACGGGAGCGCGCAGAGAAGACAGCCCGAGAGCGCGUCCUCGCCAGUCGUCCCAGUAGUGUCAAGAUCCUCGACCGAUACAGAGGAAUGGCAAGAGGUGAAGGACAUCUCACUAGAGGCCACAGGAGCUUUGUGAAGCCAGCGGGACAUAACACGGGUAGAGAUGACCAACCAAUCACUGUUGAUGAGGGGAGAGGAACCUCAACCCAGCAUGUUAUCGUGAUAGAGUCUGCAGAUGCUGAGGCUGCAGGUCCUGGUGUCAAGCUGGAGAGGUCUGAAGGAGAGGAGGACCCACAGCACAGCAGAGACAUCCAGUCUGGAGAAGCGGCUGGAUUGGCAUCCCCUGUAGCCACAGAGGACCUCACUGCACCCAAGCCCAGGAGCCAACGCAGCAUCACGGAGGAGGAGGAGGGUCCAGAGGUGCUGCUGGUGAAGGAGGAGGGGUGUGAGGAGGAUCUGGCGAACCCUGAGGGGACCAUGGUCAUGGAGGACAACCAGACUACACCACCUCCUGAACCCACAGAAGAACCAACUGAGCAGCACGGGACCACACACAAUCUCACUGAGCCAGUAGACAUGGAGGAUGGGAAGCCUGAUCUGCUGCUGGUCAAAGAGGAAACAAUAGAAGAUGGACCAGAGAGCAUUGACCUGCUGAGUGGACUAAAGAUGGGGGAGCAAGGUGGUUGGCUGGAGGCUAACAGAGGAGACUGGGUGGCCAUCUUGGAUUCCCAGACCCAGACGGGUGCAACCAAGGGCCCAGGGGACAACAUCACUGAGCAGGCCAGGACUAGAGGCGACAUAGUGGAGGUCAGUGGAUGGGACAGCGUCCUCAACUAUGGGCUGGGGAACAACACUGUUAACCAGAAACAAACAGUCGAACACAAAACAACAACUGAACUUAGUCUCCAUGACAACAGACUGGCUGAGACCAGGGCGAGGUGUAGAUUUGGUCUGCGGGGACGGGGAGGUGUCCGUAUGAGAACAGACACUGACUCGGCUAUCAAUGCUCCGUCCUGCUCCUAUAGUUGUGAUUCAGAGAGACUGAUGGUGCCUCAGGUUAACCCCCUAACAGGUGCUGCCUUCAGCCUGCCUUCUAUAGGAUCUAUCAACUGGAACAUGGACCCUGCGACAACACAGACACUCCCUGGCCUUCAUCCUCCUCACACUCUAAUGUUAAACCAGACCUCAGACAAUGUCAGUGCCUCAACACUAAAUGGCUACACAAGCCCAUUGACAAAUGACAGUAGUAGAGUAGCUAUCAGUAGAUCCGGUGGCAGAGAGAAGCGCUUCCCAUGUUCAUUCUGUGGGAAAGCCUUCAGUUUCCCCAAACAGAUGGAGAUCCACCAGAGGAUGCACACAGGGGAGAAACCAUUCGGCUGCCACCUGUGCCGGGCAAGUUUCUCCCAAUCGUCCAACCUGAAGAGGCACCAGAGAGUCCACACAGGGGAGAAACCCUACAGCUGUCCCCAGUGUGAGAAGAGGUUCUCACGCCAGCACGAUCUGAAGAUGCACCUGAAGGUCCACACUUGAGAGAGGCCGUUCACCUGUACACACUGUGGGGAAAGGUUCUCAGAGGAGCUACCUCAGGAUACACCAGCAGAAAAUGCACACAUGGCCCACAAAUACUGUAUACCCACUGGGUACACCACGUCAUUUCAACAUGGAUAAUUGGGUAAUAUUUGGUAGAUACGUUGAUCAAUGAGAUUCCAACCUAUUUUCACCCACUCAAAAUGACUGCUAAACGUUUGUUGAAUUCCCAAUGUUAUCACUAUGCUUUCAACCAUCUAAAAGUAAAACCAAAUUCUACGUCAGAUUUUUGGUUGAGUUUUCACCUGUGUUAACACUGCACUUUCAACCUUUGAAAAUCACACUAAAGAUAAAAUGGGAAUACAUUGUCAGAUAUUUUGUUUAUUUAUACAAUAACUUAAUGUGUUAUGACUGUGAUUGAUCUAAUAGCACAACCAAAUGACCCGGAGUGUCUGACAACUUAAGAUGUUGCCCACCGCGUUCAGCCAAGUUUGUGCAACGUCCUAAGGUGUCGGAAAAUAGUGGUGGAAAAUGUUGUUUUAUUAUGACAGUACACAUAUUUUUCACCCCCCCCCGACCAUUUAAAUCUAGUUAAGGAGGAAAAUGAUGCCUUUGCAGCCUGAAUAGAGGAUGUUUUAUGUACAAGCUGGUCCACGGGGAAACUAGUGUAUUAUUGGGAAUGCACAUCAAUCCUAGAUGAUAGUGCAGAUCUAGCGGCCACUAUAGGCUGACUGUCCUGUAGUGGUGCACUAUAGUGGUGCAAUUGCCCUCAUACUUGAGACACUGGCGAUCUCAUAAAACAAUUAUCUUAACUUGAAAUUGGUGUUGACUAUUUGGAUAUCUCUCUUAGCAACCUAGAUGUUGUUUCAGCAAUAAGGCAUGAGAACCCCGGGAUUAUCGUGUGAUUAUUGGGCUAUUCUUAUGCCCAAGACGAAGCCAAUGGCCGGGGAAGCAGCCCUUAGGAGGGAGUUAUCACACAAUAAUUCCCGGGUUCUCAUGCCUUAUUUCUUUAAUAAAACCUUUGCCAACAUAUACAUAUCUUUUGUAAAUAGAUCUAAAUCAAAUAAUGCAUUUUAAAAUGGUUUGAUUUAAUCUUAUUCUUAAACUUGUAUUUUUGGUUGAUAUGAAUCCAACAUUUAUUAUGAAUUUAUAGAUUCCAUUUGAAACCAACCGAAGCUGGAAAACUCUAGGCCUAUAUGUAUUGUCUAUUUUUAGUUUAAAACUGGGCUGAAUUGAAACAAUAGCCGUUGAUGACUUUCCAAAUGCUAUACUAGAGGCCUACAGUAAAUAGCAUCAUUGAUGAUAUGAUUGAUGAAGUAUGGUUACAUUUAAUUUGCUCUGUUAAACCUACCCUUUAGAAUGACUUCAAUAGCAACAGUGAAUCUAUUAAGUGGACAUUUCUCAACAAUCAUUCUAGCGAUAGCACAUUGGUAAUAGUCAAUGACGAAUAUCAAAGCUAAGCAGGGCUUGUAGAUAGAUCAGCUCUCUAGCCUAUUGUUUUUUUUAUUUUAUUGGAUAUUACUUUGAAGGUGACGUUGUUUCAAAGGUAAAAAAUGUAAAAGAUUCUACCUUUUUUCAAAUGCAAAGUAUUUUCCACAUAGAUUCCACUUCACAAUAUGUUGACAAUUGACGUUGAAACAAUGUUGAUUUAACCAGUUUGUGCCCAGUGGGUCGUGAGGUGUAAUAUAGUACUAGUUAGUUUGUUUGUAGUUCAUUCUGUUGGCAUUGGAUGUGGCUGGGAACUGGAUGAGGUGAACUGAGGAAAGAAUGAGUAUGAUGAGGCAGGGUAGAUGAUAUGGUGAUGGUGUCUGUAAAAAUGCUCCACUGAUGAAGAGUGAAACUGGGCUUUUAGGUUUAUACUGGUGUUUUAUAGUGAGGAAAUGAUAGUGCCUUAAUUCAUGUUUACUUGACAUGAAGCUGUGUAAGGUAAUGUUUAACCUUUAACCAAGUAUUCUAAAAUGAAUUUGAUCAAAGCGAGGGUACCAGAUUUACAGAAAUGGUCAAGUGUUACCAUAGUGAGAAGUUAUUCUACUUGUCACGUAUCAUUUUGAACAAUAAAAAUGAUUCUAAUGCCA